AUGCGCACGUCCGCGCAUGCGCGCGAUCUCGUCCCUACGGCGUGCGCGGCGCGGCAUCGCUCUCGUCAUCGCGCGUCCCGUCGAUCGAUCCGAGUCGAAGCGACUUCACGGAGCGACGAUGCGAGCGACAAAGUCUUCGUGUUCAGCGCGCACAGGUACGAGCUUCCGACGCUUCGCUCGGCGCUUCCGCGCGCGGCGUUCACCGAGAGCAGACUCGAUGCCUCCACGGCCAAGCUCGCGAGUGGAUUCACCGCCGUCUGCGCGUUCGUGGACGACGACGUCGGGGUGGAGACGAUCGACGCUCUCGCGGACGCUGGCGCGCGGUUGGUGUUGAUGCGAUGCGCCGGCGUGGACAACGUCGCGCUCGAUCGGGCGCGUGAACGAGGGUUGAGCGUCAUGCGCGUGCCCGCGUACGACCCGCUGAGCAUUAGCGAACACGCGGCGGCGAUGAUGAUGUCGCUGAAUCGACAUUUGAGCGAAUCCAGAGACAGGUUACGGUUGGGCAACUUCAGCCUGAACGGGCUCGUCGGGACGUCGAUGCGAGGGAAGACGGUUGGAAUCGUCGGAACCGGGAAGAUCGGACGCGGGUUCGCGAAAAUAUGUCACGACGGGUUUCAAAUGCGAGUCUUGGGUUUCGACAAGUUUCAAAAGGAUGACUUUCAGGGAGAAUACGUCUCGCUCGAUGAGCUGUAUGCGCAGUCAGACGUGAUUUCACUUCAUCUUCCACUGACACCCGAGACGAAGGGUUUAAUCAACAAGAAGACGAUCGAGAAGCUGAAGGAGGGGGUGAUAUUGAUAAACACCAGUCGCGGCGCGCUCGUUGAGGCUCGAGCGGCGAUCGAUGGGCUUGUGUCAGGACGCAUCGGAGCGCUGGGCUUGGAUGUGUACGAAAACGAGAAUAAAUUGUUCUUCAAGGAUUUCUCCUCGCUCGGCACCAAGGAGAGAAUGCUGGCGUGGGACGAGACGAUGGCCAUUCUGGGGAGUAUGCCGCAGGUUCUCGUGACCCCGCACACGGCGUUCUUGACCAGGGAGGCGCUUAAUGAAAUCGCGACUACGACGGCGAACAAUUUGGCCGCCUUCUUCGCCGCCGACGCGCCCCUACGAGGCGACAGCAUCGUCGUCGACGCGCGUGAGUGA